AUGGCCAAGAAUCCACUUGCAGGUUUGCUAGACACUAACAAGUUGACAGGUCCCAAUUAUCUGGAUUGGCUUAGGAAUCUCAAAAUUGUUUUGGAUUCCGAAAAAAUAACAUAUGUUAUGGAUAAGGCCCCACCUGAAAAAGUUUUAGAGGCGUCCACGCGAGAGGAACUUACCACUUGGCAGAAGUGGAAAGAUGAUGAUCUUCAGGCUCGUUGCUAUAUGAUGGCAUCGAUGUCAAAUGAGCUACAAAAGCAGCAUGAGAAAAUGGAGCAUGCAGCAGAGAUUCAUUUGCACCUACAAGAGUUGUAUGGUGAGCAGACUAGACAUGUGAGAUAUCAGAUCUCAAAGGAGCUUUUCAGGGCCCGUAUGACGGAUACUGAAUCUGUCAAUACUCAUGUAUUGAAGAUGAUAAGCCUGAUUGAAAAGCUUGAGUCUUUGAGUGUUGUCAUGGAUAAUGAUCUAUAUGUAGAUCUUAUUUUACAAUCUCUUCCUGAUUCAUUUGAUCAUUUUGUCAUGAACUUCAAUAUGCAUAAGCUUGAAACUACUCUUCCUGAGUUGCUUAACAUGUUGAAGACUGCUGAAAUGACAAUGAAGAAGGAUAAACCUAUCAUGCUCAUUGGUUCCUCACAUUCCUCUAAACCAAAGAAGAAUUGGUCAAAGCAAGGAAAAGGAGAAGAGUUCUCAAAAGGGGAAGACAAAGCCAAAGGGUGGAGUUAA